AGGGUUACAAGCCUUUUAAAUAGAGAAAACAAAUCCUAAUCAAAAUAGGAAAUUAACACCCUAAGUCCUAAACCUAAUAAUCACGAAUUGGGCUUCAAAUAAGCGAAUGUUCAGCCUAAAAAUAAUACAAAAAACGUGAAAAUCACUAAAAAUAACCUAAAAUAACACAAAAUAUCAGUUUGCUACAAAUUGCAGCAGAACUGUGCGAUUUUGACGCGAACUAUGCGAUUUUGACGCAAACUGUGUAAUUUCGUGCAAAUGACCUCAACUAAGCUUCUCUUGAACCUGAAUGAUGUUUACCAUGCCUUGAUAAUCAUCCAAGCUUCGAUUUGCUUGUUGUAUGUUGUUUUCAACCCAGAUCUGCUCAAUAAGGCCAUUUAAAACUUCACGCAUCUUCUUAGCUCUAACUCGUGUGACUGGACCUCCUUGGAACACUCCUUGUCCAAGAGAGCAGAAGAUCUGCCAUGGUGAUGAAGCCUUGAGUGGAAUUAGCUGCGUUGGGUGGAGCUCCAUCAGUGCUGGUGACAUGAUUACUAGCGAUGCUGACUUACUCAGCCACGUAGCAUAGCCCCCAUUAUCAUCAAUAACUCCAGUUUGGACCUUCUGUGGCUAGGAUGUCCCAGCGAUGUUGACUAGUUGAGCUGGAUCUUGCACAGUGUGUUAAGUUUGCAAGUUGGUGAGAAGUUGAGUAGUCCUUUGCUGAUCCUUGUGCAAAACUCGAAUAACUUGGACUAGAGAUGUGAGAUUAGGAUUAGUGAUUCCUUGCAAGAUAUCAUCAAAAAUGUGUGUCAACAGACAUGGCUGUUGAAUUUCCUAUCCAUCAUCUUGGCCAGGCUCUUGAUUUUCAUU